CCGUCCCUGAGAAACCAGAGAGUAACAAGCUAUGAACUUUCUAAUCUAAGGACAAGUGUCUGUAACAGGAAGAACAUUUACCAUAUAGCUCGCAGAUUUCUGAACCCUGAACAUCUCACAUGGAAUAUCAGUCGCAUUGAUAACUCACCAGAGGAAGCUCUACAGCAGGUACAGUUUAGCUGCAUUUUGUACCAUUCUUGAUACUAGUGUUGUCUGAACUGGGACUAUGGCAUCUGUUCCAUCAGCUGGUUGCCUCUUAGCAAAAAAUCAGUACUACAGAGUGCGGCUGAACUCUGAGUCUAGUGUCUGUUCUAGUAGUUCAGACUCAGGACUUCCUUCAGAACUGGAGAAACCUCAGCAAGGUUUACCUGACAUGAUUGAAAAAUGCUGGUGGUUGAAAAACUUUUUCCACUGUGAACAAGUUUCAACGUCAUCAGUGCAGAUAAACAUGGGAACUGCAAGACACCACAGCUGAUUGUAACUGUCUACAGUUGUCUUCCUUGCUUCAAUGGAUGACGGUAAAGAAAUGCUGCAAGCUAUAUCGUCUGGACAUAAUCAACUCUACAUACAAAGAAGAUAAUUGGUUUCCCUUCUACCCAAACAUAUAAAACCUGAUCAUUUCAAUCACCAUUCAUCAUGUCUAAUCACACAAAAUAUAUUAUUUUAUUACCAUUCAAUCUGAUAGAACCUUGAAUAAGAUAGGUAAUACUAACUAGAUCCAGGGGCUAUCCAAGAUUUGAUGUAAUUGAUGCUAAAAUAACAAUUAAAGAUAUGGGAAGCAAAUAAAUUCUAAAAUAAUCAGAGUCGAUAUGAAUUUUGUACAAAUUCGAGUUGCCUCUGAAUCUCCAUUUUUUGUGAUUCAAUUCAGGCGAAUUUUGGCAGAGAGAAGAAAAGAUUUAGAAAAAUAACAAUAAUAAAAAAGAUAAAGAAAAAAUAAAGAAACUAUAGAGAAAAAAAAUCUAGGAUUGCAAGGAGACCUCAGAGGGUCAUAUACAAAUUUUCUGGCCAAUUGGAGCACUUCCGAUUCGGGCUUGAAUUGAAGCGGUCAACCUAUUUGGCCAAAUCAAAUCAGAAUCCAAUUUUCAGCGAUUUUCUAAACUCUAAUAAUUAUACCUUUAUAUCUGCAUAGAGGAGAAAAGUAUAACAGGGUCAAAUGCUUUUUAUAGUCAACAGACAUACUCUUUUUUUAUCUAAGAUGUAAGAAAGUGGUUUGGUAUACUCCUAAAUAGAUAUGCCAAUGUUAGAAGGGAGGAGUGCAUGUAUAAAGACAAAUUGAGUCUUUUUGAACAUCUUACGGUUUCUCUCUUCUUGGAAUAUAUUUCUUUACUGUUUCAUUUUCACAUUCUCAUUUAUAUCAAUGAAGGGAUGUUUUUGUAAUCAACUCUUCAAUGUAAAAUUGUAUUCUGGUUGAAUACCAGAAUACCAAAUGAAUAUUUUAGAAAUGUUUAAUGUUACACAUAACCACAGACAUCGAGCAAAGAGGUAGAGAGGACCUUUAUUGGUGUCAAAAAUCUGAGAUACUAAAACAAAAAUAAACCAAUGUCAAUCUCUUCCAUGGUUGAAACAUUUGUUAAAUAAGUUGGAAUAAUUCCCUUGGCAGUUCUUUUGCUUAUCCUUAACCUUUUUAUACACAUUAUAUUUCUUUCUUGGCAAAUGUAGCACAUUAUUUUAUGUUGGAAAUUACAGACAGUCUAAAGUGUUUGGGAGUCGGUAGACCCCACCAGCUGUAUGAUAACUGAGAAAAAAACAAGAUUAAAAUUGUUUAAUUUUUUUCAGUUAUUUCAAGUUUUACCGCACAUACCAAGUCCCUUGAACAUCAUGUCUUUUUAGAUCAAAUAGAUAAUCUGAUCACAGCACAAGGGAUGGGUGGAGCAUCACUUUAUACUUAAAGAAUGAUUCUCACCCCCCUUGUGAUCUGGUCAUCUGUUUUAUCUUAGAAGACUUAUUGGAGAUCAGAUCUCCCAGGAACGAUGUGCAUGGGGCCAUACUAAUGCUGAAGGUGUCUGAUAGUCUCAACUCUCUUACAACCUUUGGUGGACACUGGACAGCUAUAUAAUAUUUAUGCUGGCUUUAGACUUGUACACAGAAAUAAUCUUGGUAGGCUAAUUCUAAAAACUGAUGGCGACAUCAAUAAAAUAUACAUAUAUAAGAUCAAACAUCUCAAUGAAUAAGAAUUUUGGAGUGGGAAUAUUUCUGCUUCAGUGUGAGAUUUUAGCUUGAAUAACACAGAAUCUUUGGAUACAGUUUAAAUUUGCGCUAGAUAUCUCUAUUAGAAGAUGAGGAUAGCAGAAGAAGUUAUACAGCUGUCCAAAUAUCGAAAGACAUUUCCAGCUACAAUAUGUUAUGCGCCUUGUUAAAAAUAAAAAGCCGGUUGAAGCUUCCUGAGGAUAAUCGGAUCAUGAUCCUCAGAGCCUUCUGAUCUGUGACAUAUUCUAGAGUUCUUAAACUUGCAGAUCUUUCUGUGACAUGAAGUAUAUUUCUUGCAGAAUGUUUGCUUGGAUUAAAUUCUGUAACUGCAAUAUUAUAUCCAUAUUUUCAUGGAUAGAUGUCUUCUUUAAGGCUAUAUGUGUACUUUUAUACUGCACUUUUGUACAAAAAUAUAUGAAAAAAAUAAAAUAUUUCUAAUA